AUGUCGUCAUCAAAUCAGUGUUUGGCUUCAUCUACGGAGAAGAGACCGUCCGUCGCUGGGCUUCAAAGCAUGAAGCUGGGUUCUGCUGCGAAGAAUAGAGUCGCUCUUGGCGACAUAACCAACCAAGGAAAUGGUUGGGAAAGCAGGUCACGAGCCUUGGUGCCUUCUACCUCCGAAGUUUCCAAGGAUUUGGAAAAUCCUACUUCGCCUGCAACUCCAAUGUCUACUCGCGACCCCUUGGAGUGCUUGGAAACAACAAAUGAGGGAUUGUCUUCCUUGGAGCAUAGAGAGAAGGUGGAGUGAUUUGAUGAGCCAACAUCUACUCGCGAUCCCUUGGAAACAAGGGAUGAGUUAUUAGCUUACUUGGGGCAUAGUGAAACAUCGGAUGAGAUGAUGUCGUACGUGGAGAGCUCUAUGAAUGUGGAGACAAUGUCCCCGUUCGCGCUCCCUUGGAGUGCUUAGAAUCAUUUGAUGAUAUAUUGCCUCUUUUUGGUUCCUUGGAGUCCCCAGAGUUGGAAUAUUUAGAGAGUGAGGAUGCUUCAGUGAGUGGAUUGAUUGAGACCAAGGCUGUUGGAAAUUUGAUGAGGGAAAGGUUGAAACAGAAGCAAAAAUGAUAAAAAAAAAAAUAGAGAAGAAUAAGUUUGAGAUGAACUUGUUUCAUUAAAAAAUGAUAUAAUGUUUACAUGACGUCAGGUCUGGAUGCUGUCAAGUAAAACAGACAUCCCACCAAACUUCUAUAGCUUGUUUCAUCAACCUUUACAACAAUUUCAUUGUUGGUGAGCUUCUCAUCUUGAGCGAUGGGAGUGCUCGCAAGUUUGCAAUUCUCCAUACUAUAUCUUCGAAGGAUUUUUAUUGCAAACUCCUUUUGUUUAGGAAGAUUGCAUUGUGAGCUUGGUUCACCUCCAGACCGAGGAAGUAUGUCAUUUCACUAAGUCUGACAUUUCAAACUUCUGUUGCAUCUAGUCAUUGAAUACAAUCUCUAGU